AUGGAGGAAACUAUUGGAGACGAAGAAGAACUCAAAGUGGGAAUGCAAGUACACUCUGAUGAUAAGGCUUACAAUUUAUAUAACACCUAUGCUGUGAGGAAGGGUUUCAGUGUUCGUAAAGGACAUAUUCGAAGAGAUGCAUCAAAUGAAAUCCAUCAACGAGAAUUUUUAUGUUCAAAGGAGGGGUUUACAAGAGACGAGGAUGUAUUUCAACCAAACAAACACAGGAAGUUAGAAACAAGAGUGGGUUGUAAGGCUAUGAUAUCAUUUACAGUGAAAGGUGGAAUAUGGACAGUAUCGCAGAUCAAUUCAGAUCAUAACCAUGAGCUUGCAAAGCCCGACGAAAGGCAGUUUUUGAGAUCAGGGCGAAAACUAACAGGUGCUUGUGGAAAUAUUUUUACUUCUAUGUAUGAUGCGGGCAUAGGACCAAAGAAAUCAUUUUUCUACAUAGCAAAUGAAGUGGGUGGUCCGGAAAAUGUUGGGUGCACUAAGAAGGACGUCUAUAACUACUUGCAAAGGAAAAAGAAUGAAAUGUUGGAAGCAGGUGAUGCACAGAGUUUGCUGAAUCACUUUAAGCGCAAACAAGGUGAGGAUCCUAACUUUUUCUACUCAAUGCAAUUGGACCAAUAUAGCCGAAUGACGAAUUUCUUUUGGAGGGAUAGCAGAGCAAAGCUUGAUUAUGAUUGUUUUGGGGAUGUUAUAUGCUUUGACACAACAUUUCGUACGAACAAGUAUAAUUUGAUUUGUGCACCUAUAGUUGGAGUUAAUCAUCAUUGGAGAAAUGUUUUGUUUGGAUGUGUUUUUUUAUUAGAUGAGACUACGGAGUCAUUUGUUUGGUUGUUUGAGUCAUUUUUGGAGUCAAUGGGAAACAAAGCACCAAAAACUGUUUUCACAGAUGAAGAUAAAGCAAUGGCAAAUGCAAUUGAAAUAGUGUUUCCAAAUGCAUGUCAUCGAUUGUGCACUUGGCAUAUUGCCAAGAAUGCAAGCAAGAGAAUUGCUAGUUAUCUUGGAAAUCCUGAGUUCAAGAAACAAUUCAACCAUUGUUUACAUGGAUGUAGUACUGAAGUUGAAUUUUGA